AAUUACCUUCUUUCUCUCCAAGAAUUAAUCAAAGCAAGAAUUAUUAAAGUUCUUGAUUCUAUUCAGGAAUGUCAGGGUUUGGUAAAAGGGUUGAUUUUGAGGAUUUGUUGCCAGUGAUGGCGCAGAAGCUGGGUGGAGAAGCGCUGAUAAGGGAGCUGUGCAAUGGGUUCGAGCUCCUGAUGGACAGGGAGAGGAGGGUCAUCACGGCGGAGAGCUUGAAGAGGAACGCCGCGGUGCUGGGGUUGCAGGACAUGAAAGACGACGAGAUUGCUAGCAUGGUGAGAGAAGGUGAUCUAGAUGGGGAUGGGGCUCUCAGUGAAAUGGAGUUCUGUGUUUUGAUGUUCAGACUGAGCCCUGAGUUGAUGGACGAAUCCUGGUCGUUGCUUGAGAAUGUUCUUUGUCAAGAUGGGUUCGAGAAUUCUGGUUUUUGAUCCAUUUCAUUGUUCUCCUUUUUGUUCUUUUAAUUUUUACCAUGGGGCAAAUUUAGAAGAUUUUGUAAAGGGAUAUUUUGGUCUUCUGGGGUUGAUUGUGUAGGAUUGCUUUGGUCCUUUAUUUUUAUGGUGACUUGAACAGGAUUGCUUUGUCCCUUGGACAUUUAUAUUCUCUUCAUUUAGAUGAUAAUUAU